CCCUCUGCAGAGUAGGUCGGAAAUUGUGCAGCUUGCUAAGGAAGGCGGAAGUUGUACUCUGUGCUACGCCUUUCGCUCCGCUGUAGGAAGCUGUGGGAAGAGCUCUGGGGAGUCCGGCAGCUGCACCAUGAAUGCAGUGACCUAUGAUGAUGUGCAUGUCGACUUCACUCAAGAAGAGUGGGCUUUGCUGGAUCCCUCCCAAAAGAAUCUCUACAAAGAUGUGAUGCUAGAGACCUAUAGGAACCUCACUAUUAUAGGCUACAGUUGGGAAGACAAUAAUAUUGAAGAACAUUGUCAAAGUUCUAGAAGACAUGGAAGGUAA